AUGGCACCCUUCCUGCGUAUCGCUUUUAAUGCAUACGAUGUGGGUGACCUGCCUGCUCCUUCUGACCCCCCCAUUUGUGCCAUCAAGAUGAAGGAGUCUGUCAACACAGAACGAGGAAAAACACUGAUUCAGAAGAAACCAACUAUGUAUCCAUCAUGGAAAUCUACUUUUGAUGCUCAUAUAUAUGACGGUCGUGUUCUAGAAGUGGUUCUGAUGCAGAGCGCUGAACAGGCCUUGGCAAAGGCUACUGUUGGUUUGUCUGUGCUCGCCGAACGCUGUAAAGAGUCUAAGACCAGUGGUCGUGCUGAAUUCUGGGUGGACUUGGUACCGUCAGGGAAAAUCCAAAUUGCUGUACAGUAUUUGCUGGAAGACAGUGAUGCAGCACAAAACCAAGCAUCUGUGAAAGUUUCUCCUGAGGAUGGACUCGUAACCCUGAACAAGAGGAGGGGUGCUUUCAAGCAGCCCAGGCUUCACGUCAUCAAGAAUCAUGAGUUUACUGCCACUUUUUUCCACCAGCCUACUUUCUGCUCUGUUUGCAGAGAGUUUCUCUGGGGCCUGAAAAAGCAAGGCUACAAGUGCAGACAAUGCAAUGCAGCAAUUCACAAGAAGUGCAUCGAAAAGAUUAUUGGCAGGUGCACUGGAACUGCCGCAAACAGUCGUGACACAAUGUUCAAGAAAGAGCGCUUCAAGAUUGAUAUUGCGCAUCGCUUCAAGAUCCAUAACUACAGAGGCCCCACCUUCUGUGACCACUGUGGCAGUCUGCUCUGGGGUCUAUACAAACAAGGCCUUAAAUGUGAAGACUGUUGCAUGAACGUUCAUAGUUAUUGUCAGAAAAAAGUGGCCAAUCUUUGUGGAAUCAACCAGAAGCUACUGGCUGAGGCUCUCUCUCAAGUCUCCCAGAAAUCCUUGAAGAAGUCUGAUGGCGCCGAUACAAGCGAAAUUGGGAUCUACCAAGCCCUCGGUCCAGGAGCGCCUCCUUUUGCUGGUAAGAAUGGCAAAGUGAGCGAGAGCUCAAUCUCUGUUGCACCUUCUGUUAAGCGGCCACGCCUCACCCUCGACCACCUGGUCUUCCACAAGGUUUUGGGCAAAGGCAGCUUUGGCAAGGUGCUGUUGGCUGAGCUCAAGGGCCAGGGACAGUACUAUGCGGUUAAGGUUCUCAAAAAGGAUGUGGUUCUAAUGGAUGAUGACGUAGAGUGUACAAUGGUGGAGAAGCGAGUUCUUGCCCUUGCUUGGGAGAAUCCCUUCCUCACACACCUUUACUCUACCUUCCAAUCUGAGGAGCAUCUUUUCUUUGUGAUGGAGUAUCUCAAUGGAGGCGAUUUGAUGUUCCAUAUCCAAGACAAAGGCCGCUUUGAUCUAGCCCGAGCCACAUUCUAUGCUGCUGAGAUAAUCGUUGGGCUGCAGUUCCUCCAUUCAAGAGGAAUUAUUUACAGGGAUCUGAAACUGGAUAAUGUAAUGCUGGACAUGGACGGGCACAUCAAAAUAGCAGACUUUGGCAUGUGUAAGGAGAACAUUUGUGGAGAUGUCCGGGCCUCAACGUUCUGUGGGACACCAGACUAUAUCGCACCAGAGAUUCUCUUAGGACAGAAGUAUACCUUCUCUGUGGACUGGUGGUCUUUUGGUGUGCUGCUCUAUGAAAUGCUGAUUGGCCAGUCACCUUUCCAAGGUGAUGAUGAAGAUGAGCUGUUUGAAUCCAUCCGGUCAGACACCCCUCACUACCCUCGGUGGAUAACCAAGGAGGCCAAGAGAUUGCUUGAGCUGUUAUUUGAGCGAGAUCCGACUCGUAGGCUUGGCGUAGUUGGAAACAUCCGUAAACAGCCCUUUUUCGACUGUAUCAACUGGUCGGCUCUGGAGAAGAGAGAAGUGGCUCCCCCUUUCAAACCCAAAGUGAAAUCCCCAAGUGACUGCAGCAACUUUGACAGAGAAUUCCUGAGUGAAAAGCCACGACUUACCCAUGGCGACAAGAACCUCAUCGAAUCCAUGGAUCAGUUAGCAUUUUCUGGCUUUUCCUUUGUCAACCCCAAAUUGGAACAUCUGAUAAGCAAAUGA